GGCGUCGCUGAAUACGAUCACGAUUCCAAACCCUUCAAGUUCCCCCCUCUGUCGCGAUGAUGAUGCAAUCCGCGUUACCUUUGGAACAGAAGGCUGCAUAUCUGCGGACACUUCCCGCGAUUCGCGAGCGAUGCGGCCGCGUACAUGACCUGGCAAAGGCUGGCAAACUGCAAUACUUCGACUACCACCCCGAGAAGGAACCGGACGCUGCCAACUUCUGUGUGGAACUGAUACAGCGGGACUUCAAUAGUUACUACAGCACGAUCCCUCCACACGGUCGAUGGUCUCACCUGGAUGCUGGCAAGCCUCGCGUGGAGCCCUUGAUUGCACGGUGGAAAGCGUCGCCCAAUCCACCCGAUACUAAAGAGGUCACUCGGCGUCUCGUGGAUCUAUUCGUUGUUUCUGUCUUGCUCGACGCCGGUGCAGGGAGUAAAUGGUCGUAUCACGAAUCUGGAGGUGGCACCUAUUCGCGUUCGGAGGGAUUGGGUGUCGCCAGCAUUCAUAUGUUCGAGAGUGGUUUCUUCUCUGGGGAUCCGAAGAAACCUCACCAAGUUGACGCUACUGGUCUGUCCAAGAUCACGUCCGAAGCAGUUGCUGUUGCCAUGCAAGUCUCAGAUACUAAUCCGAUGAUUGGUAUCGAAGGCCGAGCUACGCUCCUGAAAAAUCUUGCCGAUGCGCUCAAGUCUAAUCCGCUGUAUUUCGGGGAUCAUGCCAGGCCGGGUAAUAUGCUGGAUUUUCUUGAGUCCGAGUCAAUCCCGGGACCCUCACGAAGGAUACACGUGUCUGUACUGUGGAGUGUGCUUAUCGAGGGCUUAGCUCUCGUGUGGCCGAAGACGCGCACAAAGUUAGGCGAUAUCUUCCUCGGCGAUGUUUGGCCUUGUCCGGCUCUCAGGAGCGCUCUGACGUCCACAGAGGAAGGUGGAGACCUUGUGCCCUUCCAUAAACUCACGGGCUGGAUGACGUACAGCUUGAUCGUCCCAAUCGAGAAGAUCCUCGGCUGGAAAGUCGAGGGAAUCGAAGAUCUUGUCGGGCUGCCGGAAUACAGAAAUGGCGGCUUGCUGGUGGAUUUCGGCGUGCUGACGCUUCGAUCGAACAUGAUUGAAGCUUCUUAUUAUCCCGAUCCCGCAUCACCCAUUCCACGUCUACCCGCGGCACACCCGGCCAUCGUUGAAUGGAGAGCCAUGACAGUCAUUGAAUUGGAUCGUAUUGCCCAGCUCAUUCGAGACAAACUCGGCAUACCCGCAUCGCAACUCACCCUUCCACAGGUGUUGGAGAGUGCGACUUGGAAGGGAGGCCGAGAGAUAGCCAAAACGCUGCGGCCGGAGACGGCAGAGCCUCCUAUCGAUAUCGAGAGUGAUGGCACAGUCUUUUGAUGCAACGCUUAACGAUGGGGGCUACUCAGGUUUGCGCGAAACUGUCACGAGCACUGCCCACAAGGUAGAGCGAUUCGGGAAAUUUUCAUUUGUGCUCAAGCCCCAAAAUCCUGGUCAGUCGACUGACCAGCGCCAUGUUCGUACGCCUCUCCCCUCUUUCCCGUGUAUUGAGCCGCGAGCAUAUCCCCGGCCUCCUUCUUACUCGUCAAGUUGUCGCCAUAAGGAUUGAGACCCCGCGAGCCGCUGGGUUGGUAAUCAUUCCUAGCCUUCUCAUCCUCUCCUUGACGUGCAUCUUGGAUCUCUUCACCUAUGGGUCCGCCACUGGGCGAUUGGUCUACCAAUCCUGUUUGACUAUAUUCGGGCCUUGUCCUGCCGCCUUGUGCCUCAUUGGACCAUGGUUGCUGAACCGAUCCAUAGCCUCCAGAGGAAGU